GAUAUUAAAGUUUGACCUUUAACCUGACGUCUCUAUUAAAAAAGAAGUCACCUGUAAACUUGGUGUACAUAGAUCUUACUGAUUGUUUGGUUUAAUAUUCUUGACACAUUUCAAAUGUAUAUUAACAUACAGCGACUUGGAACAAAGUGGAAAUAUAAGCACUUGGACUGUAAACCCACAAAGUUUUUUGCUGGCAGAUCCGAAUAAAAAGUCCAGAUAGAUAUGAAAAUCUGUGAAUUAAAUUUCAACUAAUAGGAGACUUGCAACAGACAAGUGAAAGAGAAUAACAAUAAUUUGCAACUAAGAGACACAAUUUCGGACUAAAUCAGUUGUCAGUUCGUCAUACAAAAUUACAACAACAAGCUCGAGUCAUUAUUGAAAAGGUCGAUCAUCUUACAGGUGAUACGAAAUUAAUACGACAGUGGUCAACGGUGAGAAACCAUGGAAAGUAAAAAUAAAUCGGAGGACACUUCUGUAGAAAUUUAUCAAAGGGAAAACACUAAUGAAAGAAAAAAUGGUACUGAAGACUUAGAUCAAAUGAGCGGUUUGGCAACAAACAGCUACAAACAGACUAUUGCUAAUCCGAUAGACUUGAAGAAUGAACAUACUCAUUUUGUAAAAUGUGUGAAUAGCGAAACACAUAUUGACGAUUCUGUUAACCAGUCACAUGCCAAAAUCUUCUUUUAUAAUAUAAAUGAAAAGUCUCCUCCUGAAAUAUCUACGGAAAAGGAAAAUCAACAAGAAACAACUCGCAAUUCAAAUGAUGCCACAAAGAUUGCAACUAGCUCUUUCGAAGUUUGUCAGGAAACCGUAACAUAUAAAACAUCUCAAAUGGAUCUUAAUAUUAAAACAGACAAAUCGCCAGACGAAUUAAAUGUUAUCAAUCGAGCAUCACAAAGUUCAAAUUUAGACGAUUCUCCGAUAAUGCAAAGACCCCCGUCACACAUUACUAUUGCUAAAUGGACAACGACAAAUACACCUUCAAAAGAAUUGGAACAAUUUGAUUUAGACAAAAUAUGUGAAGAGGUAGAUACAUUAACAAGACAAAAUUCAAGAAAGAAACGGGUAAAUGAUUUGGGCUUUGAUGAUAUUUAUAAAAAUGGCAUUAAAAUAGGAAACUCUACAUUUUACAUAGAUAUUGAAUCCACUUCGGAAUCAAUACAAAAGAAGGACGAAACCGAUUAUUUACUUGAAACAUACAAUGUUGAUGGGAUAGACUCAAAUAGAUACCGAUUGUCUUGGGGCGUUUCUAAUAAUGAUACGGAUUCGAAUGUUUUAUACUCAUCUUUACAAUCGAUAAAACAUGAUGAGAGUGAGGCUUUUAGAAGUUGUAUGGAUUGUAUUAAACCUGUUCAAGUUAAAAACUGGACGGAAAUCAACCAAGGCGACCAUAUUAUUCUUACAAGGAGUUUCUAUGACCAUCACGCUAUUGUGGUAAGAGUAUUUAAACCAAGGGAUGAUAACAUUGAUCAAGUUAGUUUGGAAUUAAUUCAUCAAACAAACAGUGCGAUGGGUGCCGUUAGGGACAGUAUGCGUCGUAAAGGAAAACUAGCAAAAUUAAAACGUGAAACAGAAACUGUCAAUUUAAAAACGGACAUAGUUAGUAUUUGUAAAUAUUGGGGAAGUAUAAAGCCGAGAUCUCCCGAAGAAGUAGUUAAACGUGCAAUUGGAGCUUUACGUGGUGCCAAGGAUGAAUUUUGGUAUGAUGUUAUGAAUAAUAAUUGUGAACAUUUUGUUUCUUGGUGUGUAACUGGAAAAAAACUAAGCAUUCAAAUAAGGAAAGCUACAAUUGUCCUUAAAAUAUUUUUUAAGUUACAGAAAGGAUUCCGUGGACUCAGUGACGAACUAUUAAGAAACAAAGUCGAAUAUGAACAUGGCAUGCUUUGUAAAAUGUGCUUCGAGAGAAAUGAGAAAAUGCUUAGUGUUACAAAAAAGAAAGUUUUACUUAAAGACGACUUACAAAAAGGUGACAUAAUUUUGUAUAGAUAUUUCAAACUUCAACACUGUUCAGUGGUUCUUGACAUCAUCAGACGAAAAGAAAAAUAUAUUAAGUGCGAGAUCGCCCACUAUGCAUUCAAGGGACCGUUCACACAGAAAAAAAUACAAAGUGAUAUUUUGAAAGUUCCAUUUAAUGGAACUGUUUCAGUAUUUGAUUAUGCGAGCGAUUUUAUAACUUAUGAUCCAGAGGAAGUAGUUUGUCGAGCUAGGGAACGAAUAGGAGAGGAAAUGUUUUCUUAUUUUUCUAAUGACUCAAGCCAUUUCGCCCGCUGGUGUAAAUUGAAAUUGUUAAACUAAUGAAAAUAAAUAUUUUUGUUCACUCUAGAAUUUUUAACGAACACAUGAGUUGGACAGAACUAUUCGUUUGCUGAUUGAGGGAGGAUAAUCAAAUUCAGUAAGGACUAUCUUAGAACUAGCUCUUCGGUACACUUGUUUGACUGAUCUAAUUUUAAGGCCAAAAAUAAAAUUUAGAUUGUU